GGAGGUUUUGACAGAAACAGGAUCCUCUUCCACAAAUAAACGCAAUCGCAGCCACCACACGCACGGCUGCCACCACCGCUUCCAAACUUCGCCGAAACCGGAGAGGACUCCGUCAGCCCACCACCGACUGCCAUACCCGCACUCAGCCCAGCGACGCUUAGGCUCUGAAGUUGCAGCACCGCGCAAUCCACCGCUCGGGUCCACCGUCAGCCUUCCUCGAUGGCUCGAGACCACUGAGCAGCACCCUCACCAACGUGACAGCAACCACAAACACCCACGCACGGCGGAGAGCAACAACCCGGCUUUCGCACAACCUCUGAACAGGUAAACCACUCAAGAACGCUCACUGCACCGUACAGAAAAACCCCCAAGAAGUAACAGCCGUAGUUCUUAUCAACUAAAUUGAGGGAAAACGAAAGAAAAGCAUUAAAGCAGAAAAAGAAAAGGGGAUUGGCGUCGGCCUCCACAAAUUUCUUAUAGCAAUUGACUGAAAUUUCUGGCAUCUAGCGAGGAAACGAAUUAAUGGACGAGGAUGCAUCAUUGUUGGAGUUAUCUCUUCCACGAGAUAUUCUCUCGCCAUUGUUUAGUGCUUCCAACUUAUCUUCCUUGGAAGAAGCUUUAGAAAAUCUUAUAGAAGCUUCUAGAACUGAUGUUGGCCGCAAGGACCUUGCUUCCAAGAACAUCCUGCCAACAGUUCUUCAGCUCGCUCAUUCUCUCCCUUACCCUUCUGGUCAUCACCUUCUCAUAUCGUCUUUGAAGCUCAUCAGAAAUCUCUGUGCGGGAGAAGUUGCAAACCAGGAUGCUUUUAUCGAACGAAAUGGAGUUGGUGUUGUUUCGAAUGUUUUGAGGUCUGCUGCAGCUUUGUCCCAUCGGGAUUACGGGAUUGUGCGUAUGGGGUUGCAGGUUUUGGCGAAUGCUUCUUUGGCUGGAGAAGAACAUCAGCGUGCUAUUUGGCAUUGUUUCUUUCCGGAGGAGUUUGCUGCUCUUGCGAGAGUCCGAAGCAGGGAGACUUGUGAUCCUUUGUGUAUGGUUAUUUAUACCUGUUGUGAUGGAAGCACGGGACUGUUUACAGAGCUUUGCAGUGAUGCGGGGUUGGCUGUUGUGGAGGAAAUUGUACGGACUGCAUCUGCUGUUGGAUUUGGAGAGGAUUGGUUGAAGUUGAUCCUUUCUAGAAUCUGCUUAGAAGAACCUUACUUCCCUCGAUUGUUCUCUAAAUUAACCCUUGUCGAUGAUUCUAAAAUUGGUGAAGAUAUUGGAUCUGGAGAUGAUCUUGUUUUGUCAGAACAAGCAUUUCUUCUGAGAGUUGUAUCAGAGAUCUUGAAUGAGCGGCUUAACGAGAUUAAUUUUCCCAAUGAUUUUGCUUUAUUUGUUUUUGGGAUAUUCAAGAGAUCUGUUGGGGUUAGUAAUUCUGGUUCGAGAUGCAAGUCUGGUCUUCCAUCCGGCUCUUCUGCAAUAGAUGUUCUUGGAUACUCGCUAACCAUCUUGAGAGAUAUUUGCGCAUGCAAUAGCGAGAGUGGCUUGAAGAAGGAGGAUUCAGUGGAUGCUGUUGAUGUGCUACUAUCCUCUGGACUCAUAGAAUUGCUUUUGUGCUUGCUUGGUGAGCUUGAGCCUCCAGCUAUAAUCAGGAAAGCUCUCAAACAGGGUGAGAACAGAGAGAGAACGAGUUCUUAUUCAUCGAAGCCUUGUCAUUACAGAGGAUUUAGGAGAGACAUUGUUGCAGUCAUUGGCAAUUGCGCAUAUGGAAGGAAAAAUGUUCAAGAUCAAAUCAGACAAAAGAAUGGGAUUCUUCUGCUCUUACAACAGUGUGUUACUGAUGAAGACAAUCCUUUCUUGAGGGAAUGGGGCAUAUGGUGUGUGAGGAAUUUAUUGGAAUGGAACGCAGAAAAUCAACAAGCAGUAGCAGAAUUGGAGCUUCAAGGAUCUGUUGAUAUGCCUGAAUUAGCUGGACUUGGUCUCCGAGUGGAGGUGGAUCCAAAUACUCAUCGUGCAAAGCUUGUAAAUGUCUCAUGAUGAAGUUUCACGCUGCAAAAAGAGCUGAAAACAAUGGUGUGAGCCAUGAGAUGAAUCAGUUUCUUGUGGGAGGAAGUACUGUUGAUAUUGGUAAUUUCCAUCAUCAUUCUGUUCCAAUCAGAAAUCAUGUUUGACCUCCACAAUAUCCUUACGGUAUCCAUGCUCGGACCACAAGGUCAUGGUAAUUAUUCUUGAAGAGCUAUAUCUUCAUACAGACCCUGUCCAAGUUGCUCCUGAUUUGGGACAUGAAGCAGCUCGCUUAGAAAUGGUCUGCAGUUUCUCUCAGAAACUUAUUCUUCCAGAUAUUUAAGGCCAUCAUCUGCCAGAGGCUGGCGUAACAUGAUUGGGGAUCAAACGUCGAGGAUAACGAUUGACAUAUUCGAAUCACUUUCUAAUGCUGGGGAUGCACAUGAUAGAAUGGGACCUGAGGUCUGUAAUUGCCAUUUUCAAGUUUUACUUGUGCUAUGGAGGGAGCAAUAUCUGGUACUACCACUAGGUAUUGGCAGCCACAACUAAUCAGGCUUUGAGCUUUCAUGGUUUCAACUUUGGAGAUUUCUGAGUCCUAGAAUUGAUAUGAUAAAAUCAUCUUGUAUCUUUAUAAAUAUCGCCAAAGGCUUUUUUCAUAUCCAUAAUGUCAAUACUGAUCGGAUCAAAAGCCAUCUAAGACAUCUUCAUUGGUAUAUUUUGAAGAAAGUACUGUAAUUAUGACCGUGCUAAGAAUUCUAUGCAGUUAUGCAUGUUGAUACCUGUCAUUGUGACAGCAGAAGGGAUAAAAGGAUUUUUUUUUUCAAAAGAAAAUUGAUGAGAAUGAGGCAGAGGGAAAGCAUUAUGGGGGGAGUGAUUUCUUUGGCUUGCUUUUUCAGAUUUGUAAUCUCUUGAUGGCAUCUAUGUUGGGACAUGUAUUUUGGAAGACAUCUUGGUUGUCCUUUUGUUCGGUCUAACAGUUCCAUGGAUAUACUUGUUCUUCUCAUUUAUAAUGCAUGUGCUUUUCUGAUUCUA